CAACAACAUAGACAAUCAGAAAAAAGUACAAACUAAACCAAGAUUUAAAAUGCUGCAAAACUGGAACCAGUCUGCAUUUAAGAUUAAGUCACAAAAAAUUACUAAAAUAAACUCUGGGGAGCAGCGUUAUGAUUCAGUGACACGCCACAUCUUGUCAGCCAGACUGAACAAAACAAAAGAAUUGAAGAAUGAGGUGUGUGACCUUCAGAGAGAGCUAGAAAACGCCAGGCUGGAAAACAGGUUGCUAAGGCAGCUUCAGUACCGACACAUGAAGGCCCUGGUGAAGUUUGAGAAUGAGCAGAACAAUUUGCCCCAGUUAUUAGCCAGGCAUGAGAGCGAGGUACAGAUGUUGAAGGAAAUGCUGAGAAAGUCGAAGGAGCAGGACCGGUGUGUGUCAAAGCAACUGAAAGAAGCAGAGUCGGAGCUGUGGAAAACAAAGAACUCUCUGCAGAAGCUAAAGGUCAUCUGUGACAAGAGGAACUUGGAAGAACGGGACGAGCUGACCAGUAAGCUGACUGAGUUGACAAAGAAAUUUGAGAUCGACGAACAAAAGAUCCAGGACUUGGAGAGAAUUCUGGAGUUAAAAAGUAAAAGUUUCAAUCAUCAGCUGGCUACAGAACACAGAAAGACACGGGAGGCACUUGAUGAGAUAAAGAAGCUAGAAUCGGAGCAACGCACUCUGAACCAAAUGCUGACGGAAAAAGAAAGGCGCUUGGAAGCUAGAAAUAUCUAUGUUAAUCGGAUCUCAAAGAAUAACUCAUCGUCACCAAGACACAAAGCAAAUGUGGCCAAAGCAAUACAGACGGAAGAAUGUGUUUCUCCCAUCAAUUCCUUUUCUCCUCAUAAUGUUCUUCCAAAUUUAGAAAAGAAGACUGUCCAUAGUGAGAAGGAAACUCUGAAAGAUGUUGACGAUGAAGACAAAGCAUCAAUAAGACAACUCAAAAAGGAAGACAAUGAAAUAGAAUCUGAGGCAGUGAAACUAAGAAAAGAAUACGAGCAGGCAGAGAGGAGAUGGAAAGAGAUGGUCGAGAAAGAUAUCUUGGAAAACCUGGAAAAGGAAAAAAGGGAAAAGCAGGAGAAAGAGCGAGCUGCCCAAUUUUUGAAGGAAGCCCUUGAAAGUAAAGACUCAGGAGAACAGGAGGAGACCAAGUCAAUGAAGGAAACAGAACAGCAAAAACCUGAGAAAGCUGGAAAUGAAUCACUACCAGAUGAUAUCAUCAAGGAAACAGAUGAAGCCUUUAUAUUGACUGACAGCUCCAAUAAAACUCCUUCUAGGCUCAGAAGACGUUACAGGUUCACAGAACAAACUGAAAAUCUCCACCAAGGGCUUCCUGUUUGCAAACUAUCGUACGUGGCCCAAGGUAACAGCAAAAAGCGACAAGAGAGGCAGGAAAGCAAGGAGUUGCUGGACCCGGGCUCUUCAUUCGGAAGCUAUGAGCCGUCCUUUGGGAAGUUUUGCAGUCGGGUGAAUGAACUGAGGCAACAGUUUGGGGAUGGGCCAAGCGAAAAACCUGAGAGCUGUCUUCCAUCACCUUCAAGAAACGAUAAGAAAAACAGCCUCAUAGAAACGUUAUUUCGAUCAGGCGAUACUUUAGAAAAUAAACCCUCCAUGGACAGUGAAGCCAAAGCCUCUGAGAAACUGAAGCAACUGCAAAGAAAUAAACAGACAAGUCGAAUUCAGGUUACCAGUAAAAACAGAUUGAAUCUUCUGGAUCCUGACUUGCUGCCUGUAAGGGUUUUGGAAUCAUCCACAGAUGAAAGUGAAAAGCUUGUUUUACAAUCAUUAAAUAAAUAA